AUCUACUGGUGGGUCAUCAGAUUCGAUCGCUCCUGCUCCUGCGUGGCAUCUCGGACCGCGUGGCAGUCCUGUGUGCUGCCACGUGGCUCUUCAACCCCUUCACAGUCACCAUCGCUACACGUGGCAACUGUGACGCCCUUGCUGCUGCUCUCAUUCUGCAAGUGCUGCUGGGACUGUUGCAGGGCCAUAUUUUAUCUGCUGCUUUUUGGUUCGGCAUCGUGGUGCAUUUCCGAGUCUACCCAAUAAUAUACGCCCUGCCCUUCGUUCUGUACCUCUUCCACACGUAUUCGCUUCGAAGCAACCCACAACAUGAUGUCCCCAGUGACAGCAGUGGUGCUACAAGCGGCAGUAGUUCCAAUAGCGCCAGCUCACCACCCAACUCCUCUAUCCCUGCUACAGCUGCUGCUACAGCCAGCUUAAAGCCAGGACCAAAACCAAAUACCACUGGUGCUACAGCCAGAUCCAAGUCAGGACAAAGAUCAGCUACAGCUACUCCUACAGCCGGCUCACUGUCUUGUCUUGUCAAGGGCCUUCAAUUGCCGGUAGUGUUUGGCGCGGUUUCGGGCGGUACUUUCGUCCUCGUUACAGCGCUGUGCUGGAGACUGUACGGGGACCAGUUUCUUAACGAGUCACUGCUGUACCAUGCGUCCCGGUCGGACCAUCGCCACAACUUUUCAACUCACUUCUAUGCAAUAUACCUGAUGACCAAUCAGGGAGCGCCAUCUGUCACAGACCGGUUUCUCUCCUUCCUGCCACAGCUGCUGCUGCAGCUCACAUUCUCCCUCAAGUUCUACCAGGACCUUCCCUUCUGCCUCUUCGCACAGACGUUUGCUUUUGUGGCGUUCAACAAG